CAAGCAAAUGUGAAGAAAGUGUAGACACGGCAUGCACAUGGUGGUCAUGGUGGACUGCUCCGCUCCACUUGCGUUGCUGGAGUCAACAUGGACAGCCAACAAUGGUCACCACCCUAUAAAAACCCUAUCCCCCUGCACUCCAAACACACAACUCAUCACCUUCCUUCCUUUCUAUCAUCAUCGUCCACACAAACACAUCCUACUCUUUAGCAAAAAGACAUGGCAACCACCAAGAAGGAGAAGGUCAUCCUCGUCCUGCUGUUCUCCCUGACGAUGCUCCCUCUCAGCACCCUCGGCACCCGCUCCGGCCCGGCGGCCGUGCAGCACCACGGCCACGGCGGCACCACCAAGCACCCCUCGCCUCCUUCACCAGCCACGGCGGCGCUGGUACGCAGCACGUGUAACUCCACGGCGUACUACGACGUGUGCGUGUCCGCGCUGGGCGCCGACCCGUCCAGCGCCACCGCCGACGUCCGCGGGCUCUCGACCAUCGCCGUGUCCGCGGCGGCCGCCAACGCCUCGGGCGGCGCCGCCACGGCCGCGGCGCUCGCCAACGGCACCGGCACCGCCGCGUCGUCGUCCAACGCGCAGGCGGCCCCUGCCACGGCCUCCGCCGCCGCGGCGCUGCUCCGCACGUGCGCAGCCAAGUACGGCCAGGCCCGGGACGCGCUGGCCGCCGCCGGGGACUCCAUCGCGCAGCAGGACUACGACGUGGCGUCCGUGCACGUGAGCGCCGCCGCCGAGUACCCGCAGGUGUGUAGGGUGCUGUUCCGGCGGCAGAAGCCCGGGCAGUACCCCGCGGAGCUGGCGGCGAGGGAGGAGACGCUCAGGCAGCUCUGCUCCGUCGCGCUCGACAUCAUCGGGCUCGCCUCCACCAACACCAACUAAUAAGCUAGCAGCAGUGGCGUGGCGGCGAGAAAAGAGAGGAAGAUUUUAUAAAAAAAAAGUAGCACCUUUUUCUUUUUGGUUUAAUUACUGUACGUAUUAUAUUAAUUAGCAGGGCACAUGCACGCAGAUGCAUAUUUAAAUUAUAAAAAGGUUGGUGUGCCUGCCCAAUCACCAUUUGAAGAA